AUGUCUUCAAGUCUAGAUACAAAGUUUUCCAAUACCUGGAACGAGAAGUCGUUUAUCAAAAAUUUAGCUGGCAAGAAUCCUAAUGAUAUUCGAUUUGUUGACCAUAAUAAAGAUUAUUUCACUUGCCUUGAUUGCGAUGCUGAACUUAUAGCUGACGAGAUAUACAAGACCAGAUCGGUCAUAAAAAUUCAGGACGGGAUCAAGUAUAUCACUAUAUCGCCUCAAGUGUUUCAAAACGUGUUGAAAUUUGUGCUUUUGGAUAAACAAAUGCGGGUUGAGAUUUAUAAUAGCAAGACGUAUCAAUUGGUUGUUAGUGGUACUGCAGGAAACCUUGAUGCCGUGAGCGAGGAGUAUGAAAUCAACUUUGAGUUUCAGGAUUGUUCAAACUCGUCCAUUGCUGCCGUAAAGGUGCAAGGUAGCCGUGUCGGGGUAUGUUUAAUAGAAGAGGAUUUGAUCCAAUUGUGUGAGUUUGAAGAUAAUGAUUUAUUUUCAAAUUUGGAAGGAUUAUUGGUGCAAUUGGGAAUAAAGGAGGUUGUUUUACCAAACUUAUCCGAUAAGAAGCUAUUACAGGUGAUUAACAAAAUUAGCAACAUCGUCAUUAGCACGGGCACUCAUUUCAAUACUAAAAAUAUUGAACAGGAUUUGGUUAAAUUGUUGGAGGAAGAAAACCUUGAAAUGGCUUUUUCUUCAAAAGGCAUGAAGAUGGCUGAGCUCCCGCUUUCGUUAGCUUCUUGUAACGAAUUGAUUGCUUAUUUGAAUUUACUUGAAAAUGACGAGUCUCUGAGGAGAAAAUAUACCAUUGAAAAGUACAAUUUAUCGUCCUUUAUGAAAUUGGAUUCAGCAACAAUGAAGGCAUUGAACUUAUUCCCCGAGUUUAAAACUAGCUCAAUCACCUCGAUUUUCGAAUUGUUGAAUAAAUGCAAAACAGCUGGUGGAGCGAGAUUAUUAUCGCAAUGGUUGAAACAGCCCUUAACUUCGGUCACAGAAAUUGAAGAAAGGCAGGAGUUGGUUAGUUUUCUAAUGGAUAACGCCAGUACAAGGGUUUCCAUACAGGAUAUUCUAUCUCAAAUCCCGGAUAUAAAGAGACUAUUAAAGAAAAUGACAAUAUCUAUAAGUAAAAACGGCAAUGAAAACAAGAAAUUGGAAGACUUGGUUCGAUUAUAUCAAAUGGUUCUUCUUUUACCAGAUUUGAUCAAACUAUUGCAAGAUCAGAGCGAAUUGCUGGAUAAAUAUUGGCUAGAACCUAUAAAGAAACUGUAUGCUGCACUUGUUAAAUUCCAAGAACUAGUUGAAACUACAGUUGACUUGAAAGGCUUGCAUGAUCUACACUCCAAUUUCGACAUCCGUCCUGAGUUUGACUCAUCAUUAAUUGAUAUUAAUGAACGUAAAAAUAAGUCAAUGGAUAAAAUCAAACAAUCGCAUGCAGAAGCCGCUGAUGAUUUGAACAUGGAUCCAGAUAAAAAAUUAAAACUUGAAAAUCACCAGGUUCAUGGCUACUGUAUGAGAUUGACUCGAAAUGAUUCAGUCGUUUUGAGAAAUAAUAGGAAAUAUAUCGAAAUACAAACAGUUAAAGCUGGGGUAUACUUUACUACAACUGAGUUAAGAAAACAAGCACAAGUUUAUGCUCAAUCUUGUGAUGACUAUAAUUGUAAACAAAGAGAAUUGAUCCGUGAAGUCAUCUCAAUUGCGUUAACUUACAGGUCCUUAUUUUUAAAAUUGAGCUUGGACUUGUCGCAUUUGGAUGUUAUUCUCAGCUUUGCCAAUGCUGCUUUAGUUGCUCCUACAACAUUUGUUAAACCCAAGAUGAUUCCCCUUGAUUGCACAGAAAGAAAGGUACACAUUGAAAACUCAAGACAUCCAUUAUUAGAAAUUCAAGAUGAUGUUGACUUUGUGCCCAACGAUGUCAAGAUUAGUGGUAAAUUCUUUAAUAUCAUCACUGGGCCAAACAUGGGAGGUAAAUCUACUUAUUUGAAACAAAUUGCUACAAUAGCACUAAUGGCACAAGUUGGUUCCUUUAUACCAGCAGAUGAAGGCGAGGUCACGUUACCCGUGUUUGACUCGAUCUUGUCUCGUGUUGGAGCUGGAGACUCGCAAUUGAAAGGAUUAUCUACAUUUAUGAUUGAAAUGUUGGAGACCUCGUCGAUACUAGCCACAGCAACGCAAAACUCACUCAUUAUCAUAGAUGAAUUAGGUAGAGGUACUUCUACAUACGAUGGAUUUGGUCUUGCCUGGUCAAUACUGGAACACCUAAUUCGAGUUAAGAAAUGUAUCACUUUAUUUGCUACUCAUUUCCAUGAAUUGAAUCAAUUGGCUGAAAAAUAUCCCAAUGAUGUUGAGAAUUUGCACGUUGUAGCCUAUGUGGAAAACAAGGAUGAUAUUACAUUAAUGUAUAAAAUUGAACCUGGAAUUUCAUCAAAAUCAUUUGGUAUUAAUGUAGCUGAAAUGGUCAAGUUUCCUGAAAAGAUUAUCAAGAUGGCAAAGAGGAAGGCAAUGGAGUUGGAGAGCGAUAAGGAAACGGCAAGCAAAGCGCAGCAUAUAUCUUCACCUGAAGAACUCAAGAUGGAGGUGGACAAUUUGAAAAAAGUAUUGAAAACUUGGAGAAAAGAAAAUAACCUUGAUCCUGAGAGCGCUUGUCGCGAGUUGAAAAAAUUAUUAGAGCAAAACUCCAGUGGAUACAUAACCGAGCUUAUUAAAAGCCUCUGA